GUUUUCUAGAGUUUGUCUUCUUGCUGCUUCAGGACUGGAGCCGUCUAGGCUGCCUGGAAAGGACUCCAAAAGAGCGAAGUGACUAGAUGGGCGCCAAGGUGACGGACAGCUAGGGAACCGAGAGUGGCCGUGAAUAGGAAUGCCUGCCCAAAUACCUAGACCAGAGAUAAUGGAUGAAGAUCAGUUAAUGAAAGAAGUCUUGGAUAAGUUUAUUAAUUGUCCUGAACAAACAUAUGAAGAAUUUCUGAGCACGUUUACUCAUCUUUCAAAAGAGAAUAAUGUGGCCAGAAGGGGAGCAUGUGGAACUGAUUUGUCAGAAAAUAUAUUUACUACUAAAAAAUUGACCAAUAAAAAGGAAUCACAUGAUCAUCAUUUUAGAAAUACAGCUGUCGUCCCUCAUAUGUCAUCAGAAUGUUCAGAAGAUGACCAGAUAGUGAUUGAUGAAGGCCAGCAAGUUGGCAGCUCCCUUCAAGGUGACAUGACCCAGGCUGGAAAGGUCAAGGUAGACAGCUCCCUGGACUUAGAAGAUUUGGAUAUGGAGGAAGAGAGUGAGCCCCAGAUGAACAAGGAUCGGCUGCUACUUCCAGGAGAAGUGGAACAGGAUAUAAGCACCAGUGUUCCUGCUUACGUUCCUUCGGUGAACCUACCUCUCACUUCUGAGGUGAAGCCAAAACCCACUGUGCGAAGAACUCUGAAGCAAAUGGAAGAGAUAUUUGGAGAUGAAGUACAGCCCUUCUUUCUCGAUGAAGAAUUUGAUUAUGACAAUGUGACUCUCACUCCCAAGUUCACUGCUGGAGAGAUAGCGACCAUCCAAGAGCUGGCCAAGCAAAAGACGAUGGAUACCAAUACAGACUUUUGUGAACACCAUGACUGAGUCAAUAGAUGUCUUUGUGUUUAGUUUUAUUUUGUCUAUACUCAACCAACAUUAGAAUAAAGCAUACAUCAACUUA